AUCCCCCUCCUCUCUCCUUCCUCUUCUUCUCUUCUUCUAUUACCCCUCUCUCUCUCCCUGCAACGAUCCAACGACUCAAACAAGGAGGCAAGAAUCGAAGAAGAAGGAGAAGAAAAUGUCGGCGAGGUGCGGACCACUCCUGGUGAACAACGACAGGACCUUGGCCGAGGUGACCUUCGCAGAUGCCUGUCACAUCUAUACGACCGUCACCCACUCCGCCGACGUCGUCGCCGACUGGAUCAACGACACUGUCCAAAGCUGCACCGACAACCGCCCCUCCGCCCGUCGCCACAUCGUCGGCCUGGAGGCCGCCCGCCACCCGAAUGGCGACAUCGUCCUCCUCCAGCUCUGUGCCGGCUUCCGCUGCCUCAUCUACCAGCUGCUGCACCGCAACCGCGGCUCGACCCCCCGCACCGGCUCUACGCAUUCUUUGUCGACAUGCGGUUCUGCUUCGUCGGGGUCGGCGUGGAGGUGGUCGUCUACGGGCUGCGGAGGGAGUACGGCUUCACGGUGAGGAAUACGACGGACCUGGGGAAUGCGGCAGCAAGAAUGCGGGGUCGCGAGGAUCUGCGGCGGGCCGGGCUGGAGCUGCUGGCGAGGGAGGUGAUGUGUCUGGAGAUGGACACGCCGGCGGAAGUGCGGACGAGCGAGUGGUGGCGGCGAGACCUGAGCCAGGAGCAGAUCGCCUGCGCGUGCGCCGACGCCUUCGUCUCCUUCCAGCUCGGGUGCAUACUGUUAUGUUAGGAGUUCCAUGCAUUUCUUGAUCAUCACGUACGUUUCUUGGUCGAAUUGGAGAACAUGCAUGGCCUUGAUAUGAUAUGUUGUGUGUUUGCGUUCUUGGUUGU